AUGACUAAGGGUUUAAGUUUGGGAACAGAAGUCGAAGAGGAAUUAAAGCGUCGCAAAGAAGAGAAGAAGAAAACAAAUGACUUCUUGACUUAGGAAAGAAAUCUUGAAAUAAAUAGAGACAAUCAAGUGCUGCUUAAUAAACUUGUUGAGAUAUCAGCUGGUAAAUGGAGUCAUAUUAAGAAGGAAAAGCAAGCUGGAGCUCAAUUAGUGGGCCCUAAGAGUUUAAAUCUUGGGUUUAGAAAAAAGGAAACUGAAAGAAUAGAGAAAGAAAACCAUGCUUUUGCCAAGCGACUCUUUGAUAAGCAGGCAAUAUUAAGCAAAAAGAGAUUAGACACUGAAUACAAGAACCAUCUUCAAUAUAAAAAGCAGAUUUAGAAGCUGAAAAAGAAGAAGGGUGAUAAAAAGAGGAUGACUAUGGGCAGUAGCGGGGACAUUUAGGUUUAACAAUAGGUUCGCAGUAAAUCAGUUGAUAACGCAAAUGAAGAGCAAGAGGAAGACAAUGAUGAGGAGAAUGGAGAAGAAAACAAUGAGGGAGAUGCUCUAUAAAAAGUAGAAGAAGAGAAGCAACAAGAAUGA